GCGAGUUGUGCUCUCGCAAGAUCGCUUGUUUUAUGUGAAUGAAAGGCAGAGUUUACUACCAAACUAUUAUUAUUGGAAAUUCAUAGUAUUAUCUCAUCACUGAUACCGAUAAAACCGUUUGUGUACUACCCUCUGAUUCAGAUUUCGAGUACUCGUUAUCGGUCAGCCGAGCUGCGUAUGAUACAUUAAUAGUUUUGUAGUAAUUCAUCAUAUGUGUACUGAAUAUUACUGUGAAUUUUAGCGAUAAGAAUAUUUUGUAGUUGCUUGAUCAACGAUCGUAGUUGGAUCCAAAAUGAGAUCUAUAGCAGUUUUCUUCUUCAUAUUAUUCGCGACAUGUGCUUUGUCAUCUGCAUCUUCAAGGGAAGAGGAGGAUGCCAAUGACAACUUGGAUUCUGGACCAAACCACUUUCAGCCUAUGGUAGCAGUCUUGUGUGGACAUGGCAAACUUUUGAACAAAUAUCUCGACGAAAACAGGCGUUGGGUGACCGAUAAUGAUCCUAAAGCUACUUGCACCAAGGAUAAACUUGAAAUCCUCGAGUACUGCAGAAAGGUUUAUCCAUCUAAGGAUAUUACAAAUAUUGUGGAAUCAAGUCGCUAUUUCAAAAUUGAUAAUUGGUGCAAGCCAGGGCAGAAAAAAUGCAAAGCUAGUCACUGGGUGAAGCCAUAUCGAUGCCUUCAGGGCCAGUUUCAGAGUGAUGCGCUCCUGGUGCCUGAGCACUGCUUGUUUGACCACAUUCACAACCAGAGCAUCUGCCAGACUUUUGAUGAGUGGAACAACACUGCAGCACACAGUUGUCUUGACCGAACCAUGCAGCUCAGGAGUUUUGCUAUGUUGCUCCCUUGCGGGGUUGAUCUCUUCUCUGGGGUGGAAUUUGUCUGCUGCCCUAAAAAUGAAAAAGAUGUGGGCGUUGUAAAUGAUGAUAAUCGCAAAGGUGAUAAUGGCAUUGACUCGGAAGAUAGCUCAAAUGAGGAUGAAGAUUAUGAUGAUGAUUACUAUGAUGAUGAAGAUUAUGAUGAUGAUGACGAUGAUGAUGAAGAGAAUUCUCAGUCUUCAACUACUAGCACAACAACAACUACCACCACUACCACAACAACAACCACAACAACUGAAAGACCUGUCGAUUAUUACUACAGCCACUUUGACAAAAAACAUGAACAUGAGUUCUUUAAAUUAGCUCAAAAAUCCCUGGAAGAAAGCCACAGGGAACGUGUUACUAAAGUUAUGAAAGAAUGGAGUGAACUAGAAGAAAGGUAUCAAGAAAUGAAAGUCAAAGACCCCAAAGCAGCCGAAGACUUUAGGAAAAAGAUGAGUGCUCGAUUCCAGAAAACUGUUGAAGCUUUGGAAGAGGAAGGGUCAGCUGCCAAGCGACAAAUGUCAGCCAUGCACCAGCAACGAAUCAUGUCUAUCAUCAAUAUGAGAAAAAAAGCUGCAAUGGAUUGUUACACAGCUGCAUUGGAUCAGACAAAUCCAAAGACUAAGAAGAUAGAAAAAUGCCUGGAAAAACUUUUGAGAGCAUUGGAAAAAGAUCGCCGCCACACAUUGAACCACUAUCGCCACUUGCUCAACUCCAAUUUGAAGCAAGCCCUUAAAGAAAAAGAGACUACCUUGGAGCAUUUGGAUAGCUUAAACAAGAUAGCCAAUCAAAGUCUUGCUAUGUUGGACAGAGUACCAAAUGUGGCUGAGAAAAUCAGAAGUAGAAUGGUGGCUGUAUGGCAUCAUUUACAUGGCUUAGGACCAAAGGCCACAAUAACAAGAGAUGUAGAUGAAGCAAUUGUUGAGAAAUACAAAGAUGAAGUCACGGAGAAACAAAAAGAACGUGAAAGACAAAAGAAAUUGAUGGAAGAACGAAGGCAAGAGUUGAAAGAACUACGUGAAGAAAAGAAGAGAGUAGAAGCUAUCCAUGGUGGUAAAUUAGAUCGUGAGUUCGAUCCGGAGUCCAUGGAAGAUGAAAGUGCGGUGCCUAUCAGUACAAUUAAACCAGAACCUGCAAAACCAAUGCCAGCUGAUCUACCAGGAGUUGAACACAACUCAUUAGAUCAUGAAGAAAUUCCUGUACCUAAAAUGGCACACAUUCAAAAUCAAGCCUUUCACCACAAUGAAGUGACAUUUUCGGUACGAAAAGAAAGCAUGGAAAGGUUACGAUGGAAUGGAAGUGUUUACAUCACCUUGGCUUUCGCAGGCGUGGCCCUUCUCACAGCAAUGAUCGUUGGCAUUGUGCUGUUGCGGCGCCACUCGCAUCGCUCCCCCCAUGGGCAGGGAUUCGUUGAAGUGGAUCAAGCUGCAACCCCAGAGGAGAGGCAUGUGGCCAACAUGCAAAUUAACGGAUACGAGAAUCCAACCUACAAGUAUUUCGAGACGCAGAGCAACUGAACGAUUCUUGAAAGUUUGCUUCAUACACACGUUGUGUUACUAACCAACACUUAACUAGCAUUUUAGUCGCCAGUUUUAGUAACAACAAAAGAAAAAAAAAUAAUAAUACAAAAAACAGAUAUGAUGAAAUUCCUUUGUAGUUUGGAAGAUAGCUUUUUUGGCUAAUGCAAGGCUAUGAAAGGAAUUCAAUUUGGUAGGUUUACUACCCAUGAAUGAAGAUAAGAGUUCUCAUUGCAUUUUAUUUUAUAAAUAUUUUGUACAUUUUCCCCCCUCAUUAUUUUGAAUUCAAAUGCAUUUUUAUUUUGUCAAAUGAUGUUAUUCAAGUUUUUAUUUUCAUUUUAGAAUGUUAAAAAAUGUUAAUAAGUUUUUGCAUUCAAGUUAUGCUAUUGCUCUGUGAUGUAGGGAAAUUGUAAGUUGAUGAUUAUUAUGAUACAUGUUCUAGUUUUUUUUUUUACCUAGACUAUUUUUUUGGGAGGGGGGGGGAGGGAUGUAUUUAUAUCAGAAGUAUAGAAUAUGUGACAAUUAAACAUAUCUUUAGCGUUUUAAAGUUCAUUUUAGUCGGAAAAUGCUAGUGGUUUGUCACUGUAAUAUUUUAUUUUUUCAGAUGAUUCAAAUUGCUUUUUCUUUUUUUUUCAUUUUAGUAUUCAGAGACGGCUGCUACCAAAACUGAAAAUUGGCAAAAUUUAUCAUUCAUUAACAGUAAAUAAAUCGCUAAUUAUCAAACACCAUCUAAGGCGAUGGGUAGCCAGUAUGAUAUAUAAUAUAAAUACAUAUAUAUAUAAAUAUACACUUAUGUAAGGCUAUAAUUAUUCAGUAGUUAUGUAGCAUAAAAUGUCUCCAAAGCCAAGUCUAUACAUUCCUAAUGUUAUUUCUAUUCCUUUUUUUUGUGCCAUGUAUGUGCUGUGAUUACUAUUCAUUAGUUGGCCCACAGCAAUUGCAGCAUUGAAAUCUAUUAACAUUAUGUAAAUAUAGAACAUUCAUGUUAUCAUGUUGCCAUUUAUUUUUACUUAAUUUGAAGUUUUAGUGAGAAAGUCUGGAAUUGCAAAGAUCAUUAUUACAUAGGAUAUAAGGACAAGGUCGUAUACAUAGUAUACUCUGGAAAAAUUUUGUAAUUUAUACAUAAAUUUUACAUUGGAAGCAAUUUUCAGUAAAAUUAGGCAUAGCUAUUAUGAAAUUAAUUUAUAUGUAUAAAAAAAAAAGAAAAACUUUGCAAGUUAAUAGUUGCAGACUAACCUUUCAGAAAAUUGCUUUCGAAACAUAACCUGCUGCUGUAUAACCCUUUCUCACAAGCUUUGGAUUAAAAUAAUCCUUCAACCCUUUAUUUAGUUAACUCACCUGUACACGAGUAUUAAUAUCCUUCUGUCUUUAUCCCAUUUGUGGUAUUUUAUAAUCUAUAUUAACCUAAGUGUGUUGUCCUGUGCAUGUUCAGUGUAGACAUUGUAUUAUUGUGUCAGUUUUAUACGGACUGUAAAAACAAUCUUCCAUGUGCAGUAAAUGAGUAGAUAUAACUUUAAGCGAAAGUCUAAAUUAAAUUAUUACAAUAGACUCUUCAACUUCUAAAAUCAUGGAGAUUAAAACAAACUUGGUUUGUUAUCAAUAUUUUUGAAAGCUAAAAUUGUGUUGAAAGAGUGGGGCACAUAAAGAAUAUUCAUGUAACUUUUCUGUAUGUUUUUAUAAACGUUGAUGUUUUAAAGUCCUUAACGUAACUAGCAAAUUUGUUGUUAUCCGAUUAGAACUGUAUGAUGUUUAGCUGCUUCUGUAGUUUGAAAAACAUUUUUGAACAGUUAUACUUUAUCAACUCUUAAAUACUCCAAGCAUAAAGAAGUUGAGUUUGCAAUGCUGUCUUUGCUGGGUAUUGUAAAAAACAAAAAAAAUUAAAAACAUGCAGACUGGAAAACUUACUGCACUGGUGAGCUUUGCUGUGACGUUUGAAUGUACAAAACAAAUUUCUUAAGCAAUUCAUUGAAUAUUUAGUAAUUAUUGUAAAAUUAUAUUUAAAUACUUGCACAUAUCAGUACAUUUCUGCCCAGAUAAAUAUUGCCAUACUUUUUUUAAAUCUAUGCUUUGCUUUGGCAAAUUACCUAAAACUACUUAAUGGGCUUUUCACUGAUUGCAAGUUGUGCUGACAACUGUUACAAAUCUGAAACAGUUGUAAUACUAAAAUUUCAAGUUUCAGUUGAUUGAACUGUAGUGCACAUGAAAAAAAAAUGUCAUUCAAUAUGUGGUAAAUUCUAAUAAAGGAUUAAUGAUA